AUGGGAGUGACGCAGGUGGAAAAGGCAGAGUUGACUGCAUAUCAACUUAAGGGUGUUACUCAAGUGUUGUUCAACCAAUGGAUGGAAGAGAUGGCGGUUGAUGUGUGUCCUCUUGAUUGGAAAAAGUUUAAGGUAAAUUUUCUUGAUAGGUUCUUUCCCCUAGAGAUUAGGAAGGCAAAGGGCAAGAAUGAUCAAGGUUCCUCCAAUGAUCCUCCUAAAUUCAAUAAAGAUAAGGUGUCUAACCUUAAGCCUCAAGGAGGAAAUGGUGGUGGAUUUUCAUCGACUACUUGUGUUAAAUAUGGAAGGAAGCAUAAGGGUACAUGCAUAGCCGAUACAAAUGGUUUCUUUGGUUGUGGUAAGAGUGGUCAUAAGAUAAGGUAUUUUCCAUCACCUAUGGCUAAGGGAAGAGAAUGUAGGAAAACUCCACUUAGUGUUUUGGGUCCAAGUGUUCAAAAGGAAAAUCGAUUCUAUGAAAUUCAAACUCGUCAUGAGCAAGAGUGUUCUCCCGAUGUGGGUACCACUAUGUUGAAAGUCUUUCAUUUUGAUGCUUAUACUUUGCUUGAUCCUGGUGCUUCCUUGUCUUUUGUGGCAUCAUAA